AUGGAACAAGCAGAGCGGUCGGGGGCACCACCACUUCGAGAGCAAGCCGACGGAGAGGCCACCCAACAGGGAGUACCAACUGAAGGAGAACAACUCGUCGAGGUGGCUAUCUUGCACAUGAAGCGAGCGGUGGAAUGGACGGCGGCAACGUACACGCCCCAACACAGCGAGACAGUGGUGGGGAUGCUCCAUGAAUCCGACCCGCACCAAGUGGUACAAUGGUUCCAAUCCACCCUCAACACCCUCUACCCCUCCGAAGACCACAGCAACCACACGCAAAGGGGGCAGGAGGACCACCAGGAUGGCCAACAAGGGGACUACAAGGAGGACAACGACAAGAACACCAAGAUCAAAGAAGAAAGAGCCGACUGGGGAAGCACCAGCGACACCGACAACGACAGGGACGUAAAAGGGGUGAAAGAUGUCAAGGAUAUUGAAGACUACAAUGCCGAGGGGCCAUGUGCAACACCAUCGGAGCAGGCCAAGGGGAGCGAUGUGAAAUACCAUCGGCUCAAGAGACACGCACCACAUCCAAGAGCAAGGCCAAACCACCGGGAGAAGGAGACUGACGACAACACCAAGAAGAACGAGAACAAGGAGAAGACGACGGGAAGGACGACUACGAAGAGGUGCCAGUCGAAGCAGAACACACUGAUGAACGUGGGAGUGCCAAUCAGCGAUGGCCAAUAA